AGACUAUACAUACUGAGUCUGUUCUUAUAUUUACCAAAUUCAAUUCUAUUUGGACAUUCAUGCGAAAUUCUAUUAAGAAUAUGGAGCCAUAUUAAAGUUAACAAUUACAUUUAUUACAUUGUUACUUAUAGCAAAUAUUACAACAUGCCUCUUUUGGACAUAACCACAAUUACAGACGAUCAAAUAACACAACUCAGGGAAAAGUUCUUCAAAUUCGAAGGCGAAGAAGAUCUGGAUGCCGAGUCGAAUGUUCCGACCAAGUAUGAUUUGCGAGACGUGGAGCAGUUUCGCAGUGACGAUACGACAGUCAGGUUUUUCCUUUCACAUGGCAAACUGGACAUCGAAGAAGCUUUGAAGGUCGUGAAGGGAUGUUUUGCAUGGCGCAAACAGUUUGGAGUGCGGGAGAUUGAUUUCGACGCCUUUCCAGACCAUGUGAAGUCCAGCAACGGAGUCAGCAUACAUGGAACCGACAAAGAAGGGCGAAGAAUUAUUUGGAUGUACAUGAACCGCCUGAAGAGAACCAAAAAUGACGUCGAGAUCUGGUCCAGAUACUUCGUGUACCACUUGGAGAAACUCUACCAGCAGAGGGGAGACAAGAGGCUUAUUUUCGUCAAUGACAUGACAGGGAUUGGGAUUACUAACUUCGAUUAUGAGUUGACUCGGUUUGCGGUUAACUUGUUUGAGAAUCACUAUCCUGACCUGCUUGCAUUCCAGGUGAACUUCAACAUGGCGUGGACUCUGAAAACCGCUUGGAACAUCAUUAAGACCUGGAUGACCCCAGAAGCCAUUUCCAGGGUCAAGUUCGUCAAGGGGGACGAAGUUCAGCAGUACGUAUGCUCCGAGUUCAUCCCCAUGCACAUGGGAGGAGAGUACAAAUGCUGUUGAACUGCAACUGUUUUUUUACUUAGAUUGUUAUUUAUUUCACUAGUUUUACAGUAUUUCUUCAUUUCA